UUUUUCUUCUUUUGCUUUUCUCAUUGUUUUUUCCUCCAAUUUUGCACUUGUCGAUCUUUGCAACUAGCUAUAAUGCAAGCACCUCAGCCAUCACCCACUGAUCAAGCUCCCGAGAUUUCCCAUCAGGCUGUCCCCCAGAGAAACAAAGAAGUUUCAGAUAGUGGACCCAGUGGGAGGCGUCCUGAUAUUUCACUUCAAGUUCCACCUAGACCUUUAGGGUUUGGCAGCACUAGUGGUGGAAGGGUUCUGGACCAUUCUCAAAGUUUCUCUAAAGGGAUCUCAUCAUCAAGAGGCUUCUUGCGGGCCUUGAGCUUCAAAAGAAAAGGAAAUGUAGCAGAUGGCGAAAGAAGCUCCCUCCUUAAUUCAGACCCCAAGACAGCUGCAGACGGUUCUAAUAUGGCCUCCAUAUCUGAAAUUGCAUGGAAAAGAUGUGCUUCUCUUCCUGUUACUCCUGCAUCAAAUCUAUCCCCCUCAGUGUCUACACCCAUUUCUGCAAGGACAUAUAAUGAACAGACUAAGCCACAUAAAGAUGUUGUACGUUCUAAGGUGUCAAGGUCCCUUUCUGUACCUGGACGAAAUAUUGUUAUUGUAAGAUCAGUCUCCUUUUCUACCCGUAGUGAACAGGAACAACAAGAUUCAAAUGAUGAUCAAAUAACUCCUGCACCAGUAGAAGUUGCUACUGAUGAAGAAAUUCCUGAAGAGGAAGCGGUAUGCAGGAUUUGUCUUGAUGUGUGUGAUGAAAGGAAUACUUUUAAAAUGGAAUGCAGCUGCAAAGGUGACCUGAGAUUGGUCCAUGAAGAAUGUGCAAUCAAAUGGUUUAGCACAAAAGGAAAUAAGAAAUGUGAUGUAUGUGGGAAAGAGGUUCAGAAUUUACCUGUAACUUUGCUUCGAGUGACCAGCUCCAUUCAACGACAAAGCAGACAAUUACAAGGUCAGCAGAACCUACAUCCAGAGACAAUAAGUGCCUGGCAAGACUUUGUGGUGCUUGUCCUCAUAAGCACAAUAUGCUACUUUUUCUUCCUUGAACAGCUAUUGCUUCCUGAGUUGAAGACUCAAGCCAUUAUAAUAGCAGCACCGUUUGCCUUUACCUUGGGCCUCCUGGCUUCUAUUUUUGCUGUCAUCCUUGCAAUUAAAGAGUAUAUAUGGACAUAUGCUGCUCUUGAGUUUGCUCUUGUGGCUAUAACUGUGCAUCUGUUUUAUACUAUGUUGCAUUUGACAGCCAUUUACGCAAUACUACUUUCUUCAGUUUUGGGUUUUGGAAUUGCAAUGGGUAUCAACUACGCAUAUAUCCAGUUUGUCACUUGGAGACUUCAGGUCUCACAUAAUGAUGACCCAGUAUGAGUUCUCCUAACAAAGGAGACAACUUUCAUGGAUUUUCUCUGUACCUACUUACAUGAUGACCACCUUUCACAAUGUUUAUUACGAACCUUCAGUUGUCAAUCAAUACCAUCAUGUAAUAUGUUUUUGCUAAAUAAAUAUCAUGAAGUGUAUAUUAUAUGAAAGUAAGCAAGAGUAGCAUAAUGUUGAGACAUUUUUCGAAGUCAAAAUUUAAUUCACUGUAUUUUCUAUAAAAUUGUUAAGAAGCAACAAAAAGAGA